ACAGGGCUCGGGGUUUGGUGUGGGGUCUAGCACUUUACGGUUGCCAUCAACCCUCUCGGGCAGUCAUCCGCGAUACCAAGGCGAGGAAAUUCGCUAGACGUGAUAACCAUACAUACAAUAAUAGUUGGUUUGCUGCAUAGCCCAUUAUUAUUAUUAUAAGCGAACAAGCGAGGGUUCAUUUGAGGCGAAAUUGCUGAACCGUUCGCAUCAUCUUGUGGAUUUGUUCGUGCGUGUUAUCAAUAGCGUUAGAAAUCGAAAGUGUACAAGCGGUUGCUUAUCUGGUGGCUAUCCAUUGGGUGGUCCACAACCCGUGAAAUCUAGUGCUUCGGAAGUCAAUGCGAAGAUGCAGCUGCUACGGGCAGCCCUGCUUGGACUGUUCUUCCUGGCCAGUGAUGUCCUGGCGGCUCCCGUGGUCCCUUGCUGCAUCGACGAUGGAGAUCGGGAUCGGAUUGAUCCAUUAAAGUCAGAGGACUCCUUCAGUGCCGACGUCAACCGAGCAAAGCGGAAGUCCAAGGCAAUGGAGUUGGCCUCCAAUAUGAUUUUGAAUGCAUUGGAACAGCGUAGGAAACGUGAUCAAGCUGCGCUGGAUGCCAGUGACUAUUUGCCUUCUGGCUUCACCCGGCAGGCUACGCGUAAAGUCGAUCGCGAAACACCGACAGUGACCAAAGAAGAAGACGAAGAGGUCGAUGAAACGACCCCGUUCGGAGAGGGUGGUAAAGUGACUCUGCAGAUUCCGGGAAGGCUGUUUGGCAAUGCAACCAAUUUGUUUUUGGCGGUGGCGAAGAUGCUGGGUGAUUUCAUCACGAACACAGCAAUUCGAAAGGCCCGUUUCAUGAAACUGUUCCAGCCAUUGCUUGGGCGAAAUCUGUACAUUCAAAUACCGCCAAGCACGACGGAAUCAAAUGAUGUUUAAGAUUGCAGUUUGAUUGCAAAACUUAAUGUUAAAUUGUGUUUUAGGUUCUGUUUUAUCCUAAUUUGUUAUUCAGUGCAUAGUAAGUUAUUUGUCACAAUUUUAAACAAAAAAAAAAUCAAACAGCGAAAUGAAAAGCAACGAAAAACAAUAUUAAGUAAGUAAGACAAGAAUUCUUACAACAUUCAGCGACACAAAAAGGUUUUCCUAAACAAUUUCCGUUUAUGAAAAUACUUUCGAAAAACUUCCGGAUUUAGCAGCAAGGUUUGAAACUAAUAAAAUCUAUGAACAAGUAA